AUGUCUAAAGCAACUUUUGAAAGUCUCAGUGAUGACACUGUUGAUGUAUAUUUAAGGCUAUUUUUGUUAUUGUAUGCAGAUGACACUGUUUUAUUUGCAGAAAGUCAGACGGAUUUGCAGAACGCUUUAGAUGCUAUGUUUGAAUAUUGUGAUAUAUGGGAUUUACAUGUUAAUGAAGCCAAAACUAAAAUAGUUAUAUUUCGUAAAGCUAAACUAGGAGUGAAAAAAAGUAUUAUAAUUCUGUGUUACAGAGAGAGUUUGGCUGUGUUUGAAGAGCUGUCUGAGAUAUUCUCCAGUGAAAACAAUCAGCUUGCUUCCAGGAAUCUCCUUAUGAAGGAAGCCACAGCAAAGUUUCCAGACGUCGACUCUGCAAAUAAAACUCUGCAACGAAGAAUUCGUAUGAAACGUCAGUCUUGGAUAGAUAAUGGCGUUGUACAGGGGACAGUACCAUACCUGGGUACAUUCCUCACUGACCUCACUAUGAUAGACACUGCUAUACCUGACACCACCGAUUCUCUCAUCAACUUUGAGAAGCGGCGGAAAGAGUUUGAAGUGUUAGCUCAGAUCAAGCUGUUACAGUCAGCCUCACAGAUAUACACAUUUCGGGAAGAUUCCCAGUUCUGGUCCUGGUUUGAUGCCAUCCGUGUUUAUGAUGAAAAUGAAAGUUAUGAUCUCUCGUGUGCCAUAGAACCAGCUGCUGAUGGAGGUGCCAAAUUAAAGAAGAAAACAGCUUCCAGUAUGAGUCAACGACCAGGGAAGAAUGACUCUAACAGAUUUUCUCUGUUUAUGUGCGGUGGUCUUAACUUGGAUGACAAGUCCAGUGUAGCCAGUAGCUCUAACCUUGACUCACCAGUUUCGCCUAAUGCAGGGUUGUCCCACUCGUCAUCUACCUCUUCUAUACAAUCAUACGGCAGCGACAACUCUACGCCAUUCAAAUCUUCUGAUGCCUGUGUUAUCAAAGUUUCCCUGGAAACUGGUGCUACACCAAAAUCUCAUGUUUAUAAAAGUAUCAUGUUACAUAACACAGACCAUACAAACACAGUGAUACAGAGAAUCCUGGAUAAAUAUGAUAUCAAGGGGAAAGAAAAGGAUUACUGCUUGUUACAAGCUCUUCCUGAUGGAGAGUUGGUGAUACCAGAGAAAGCCAAUGUGUUUUAUGCCAUGAACAAUAAUGGAGAUUAUAAUUUUGUGCUACGGACGAAAAAAGAACAAGAUGCUCUUACACAGAGUAAGAAACGGAAUAGACGUCGGCUCAAACUGCCAUUAUCAUAGCAGUGCUUAAAAUGUGCAAUAACAGUAACAUAUCCUGUCAGAGAUCCUGUCACAUAUCUUGUGAGAUUACUACAAAAACAACACGACUGUAGGCAGUGAUACUCUUCAAAAGCUGGAGUUGUGAUUUAAUGUGAAUUGUUCCAUUCGUGGAAAGGCUAAUGUGAAAUAAUGUACUGAAGAAUGUACUUAAAGCAUUGGGUGCCUGCAUCGAGGGGCAUGUUUAUAGAUUGUAUAAACUAAACAAAAGCAGUACUAGCAGAAAGGAAUCAGAAGUGCUAUAAGCUGAACCAUGUUCUAUAAUACUCCAGUGCUUACUAAUCAAGUGCGAUCAGUCAUUUGUGCUACACACUCAAAAUGGAUGCUUAAUUCUAUAAUACUCGUGGUGCUGCUGGACAGUGCAAUAUGUUAGGGCAAUUUUGCCCAUUUCUGUCUCGUAUUUGGUGUAACCUAGUCAUUUUUAGGCGGUAGUAAACUGAUCCUACUUGUUCAUCUAUACUUACUGCAUUAGUGUAGGAUUUAGUCAAUUGUUUUGUCAACUGUAGAAAUACAAAAUGUAUUGAGUUUAGAUAGAGUCACUUAGUAUAUCAAAGUUUUAAAUGUACAUGUACUGAUGUAGGUACUUAGAUUUUAAAUUUUGCAAGGAAUGCAUAAAAAACAUAGCUUUUGCCUGCCCAUCUUUCAUUGGAAUGACUAAUUUUCUAGGACUCCAUUUUAAAAUGUCAAGUCAGUCAUUUGGAUAUAUCAUUUUAAGAUAAAUAUUCUUUUCAAAAGCAGAUCAUUAUGAGAUUGCCAUAUUGUGAUGAAAAUUAAAGUGGAAUUAUGCACAUUUUUCAAGUAAAAACCCAGCUGAAAUAGAUGUGUGUGUAAAAAGGAUGGAGGAAAUUAUAGCUUUUAACCCAGUAUACCAAACUCUUUUUGUUACCAGUAUGAAAUAAUUCUCCAAACAUGACUUUUCUCAUUUUGACUGGGGCAGUCUUUUUAAGGAAAGUCAAACUGCAUGCAGGAGUUCCUUCAAUUUCAGAAAUUAUCUACUAUAGGUAAGGCAGAUCACUGUGUAGAAGAUUGAAGAAAAAGAAAUAUUAUUUUAUUAGUCUGAUUUCUUUAUUUCUAAAGCAUCAACUGUAAAUACGUAUGCAGCAUUAUCGUUAAUUUAACAAAUUUAAAUGUUCUGUAACCAAACAUUGCUUUUAUAAAACAUUCAACAAAAACACAUGUGCAGUAAGAUGCACAAGCACCAGGAAUGAACAGAAGUAUAUAUUAUUAUGCCACAAAUUUAGAGUGAUGCCAGUAGUUUAAAAUGAAAUAAUGGGCUUCUGGCUUCUGGUUUGUUAAAUAAUUUGUGAACGAGUCUUAAUUUUCUGCCAUGUUUUUUCUAACAUAUCUGUGAAGUAGAGAUGAUAUUAUGGGAAACAGUCAAAAAGUAUUACAAGUGGCAAAAACUUGUCAGGUGGAAAUAAAAUAGGAAUCAACCAAGCAUUUCUAUGGCAGAAAUUUGUUAAAUAGACUGGUCGAGGUAAAAAUAGGACCGACACAUGCAUCUAUUUCUUAGGCAGAAAUUUGUUAAUUCUAGACAAAAUAGGGAACCACUGAAUAUUGACAAUUGUGGCUGAAGUAUGUGUAGGAUAUUUAUGUAGGAUUUAUCAAAGAUUACUUACUAGUGGACCAGACCAUGAUUUCAUAUUAACACUGGUUGAUAAUUUAGUUGUAGCUCAUACAUCUUGUGUGCAAUAAAUUAUUUUAUAGGGUAGUUCUAGAAGUUGUGAUUUUACAAUACAGUAUAUAUUUUGAAGAACAUAUUGUACAUUUUAUGUCUAUUUAUAAGUAGGUAUUUAGUAUACAUUUCAGUUGUUUUACAGUGUAUCGUAUUAUGCUACAUUUUAAAGAACCCUAGCUGCUUUUAAACAUUUGUCAGUAUAUUUAUUGUUAUAGAAAUCCUUAUCAACUUGUUACUGAUGCCCCUGUUAUAUAUGCAUCUUUAAUUAAACCAUGCUUUUCUCCAGACUCCAAGAUUAUGAGACCAGUAAAAAAAAUUCUCUCUUGCCAUUGUCAAUUUUAGGAAUGAGCUGAGGAUCAGCCAAUCAGAUGGUUUUGUUUUUAGACUGUUUAUUAACCUUGGAGUCAAGUGAGACAGUGCUAUGUCCCUGAUAUUUUCUGCAGUCCAGCUGGUCUGGAUAUAAUAUGCUUGAUGAAUUAUAAGACAAAUAUAUUUAAAUUUUACCCUUUCAUCUGUUACAGUUUGUACUUAAUGAUUAAAACACACCCAGUUUAUGGCUUAUCCUUUAACAUGUCACUGUUAGUACCUGUUUAUGUAGUACAGCCUACCAUUAUAUACUCGAGUUACGUUUGUUUGUUGAGGAAAGAAAUCAAGAUUCUGAAGCUUGUUAUAAUAUGAGACAAGUGUU